AUGUUAUCUAACUGGUUUGGUUCCUUAAAGACCACCCAUAAAUGCCUGACAACACAAUCGUUUCCCAUUAGAUCCAUCCAAAUCUUAUCUACUUUAAAACCACCCCCAAAUUCAACUAAAAAAUUUAAAAGGUUGGGUAGAGGUCCAUCUAGUAAUAAAGGUAAAACCUCAGGUAGAGGUACUAAAGGUCAAAAGGCCAGAAGUCAUGUUAAAUCCUGGUUCGAAGGUGGUCAGACCCCUAUUUACAAAUUAUUCCCUAAAAUCGGUUUUACAAAUGUUCAUUCAAAAGAAUUUGUACCAUUAAAUUUAGAAAGAAUUAUUGAAUGGCACAGAAAGGGAAGACUUACUCUAAAGGAUGGGGAAGUGUUAGAUAUGAAGAAAAUGAAAGAUACAGGACUUAUUAGUGGAAGUAUUAAAGAUGGAGUAAAGAUCUUGGCAAAAGGUCAGUUUAUUUAUAAUUUACCAUGGCCAAUUGAAGCUUCAUGUGCUUCAAAGAAAGCUGUUGCGGCUAUUGAAAAGGCAGGUGGCUCCUUUGUGGCUAAAUAUUUUUCUCCAUUAGGGUUGACGGCACAUUUGAAACCCGAAUGGUUUUUAGAAAAAAGAGGAUGGGUUCCACUACCUGCAAGGCCAAUUAAGAGAAAAGAUAUCGAAUAUUACAGUGACCCUGAAAAGAGGGGUUAUUUAGUUGUAGAAAAUGAUCCAUAUUAUAAAAUAUUGCAAGAGAAUAAAAUUAAAAAAUUAGCAUCCAAGACUGUUACUAAAAAAUCAAUGCUGGAAAAACAGUUAGAUGCUUUAAUAGGAAAGGAUCAAGUGCACAAUAGUGUUAAUAAUUCUAAAAUAAUAACUUUAAAAGAAUUCAUGGGUUGA